AUGUCGAAUCCGGGUAAUUCGAAAUCUUUACGAAUUAAACUUCGAGAUCCAGUUGAAGGGAGCGAGAAAACUUUUGGUAGUGUGGGUAUGGGGAGCGCGAAGGUAGUUGUACCGGGUGUAGAAACCGGAUCCGAGUCGGCUAGUGCACGGAUCCAGGCGAAAAUGAUGGUGGUUGGUAGGGUUGAUAUGGCUGUCGGCUCGAGCCGCGGAGCCAAGCCUCUCAAUUUGUGUGAGGGCGCGCGCUUCGAGGAAGGUGUGGAGCCAAGCCUAGCUGCUGAUGUGGAGGCUUGCACCGUUUCCAAGAAGAGGAGAGAAAGAGAUAUUGCUGAGGCAGGUGACGCACGCGCGCGUGAGGGCGCGUUACAGCCCGGUUUUGAGCCCGGUUCGGGCGAAAUUGAUGGGCAAAUUUCCGAGGGUGCUGAUUCGCGUGGUGUUUUAAACGGGGGAAGUUUUAGUCGGCGAGAAAUCAUUGAAUCGUGGAGUGACGAUGUAGAAGUGCGUAACAAUGUUAAUAUUUGCCCUACUGUUGAUGAAGCGGAUUCCAGUAGACGUCGCUAUGGGCGUCGAGUCGUAGAUUUUGGGAGCAAUAGUGAUGAUUCGAAUCAAGCUCCUUUGGCGAGUGAUCAUGCGGAGCCAAGUAGUGAAGUUGAGCUGACGGAUGAAGAGGAGGAGGAAGAUGAUAUUCCGCCAGGUGAUGUUGAGGUUGACACGAGGAGGCAAAAGAAAAAUAAGCCAAUUAAUUUGGACUUAGUUAAUUUUGAUAGUGUAUUGACGGAAGAGCAUUUGCAUUCUAUUCGUCGUUUAUCUGGAGCGCCGAGUAAUGUCGAGUUGUUGUUGCCUCGGAAGGGAGACCGUUUGUAUUCGCCACCCGAUGGGUUUCAUACGGUAUUUUUGGGGUACUUGACGUGCACAUCUCAGAUUACACCGCAUCUCACAUUGUUGAAGGUUUGCGAGGAAUUCAAGAUUGGGUAUAGUCAGCUAACGCCCACUGUUGUUCUGAUGUUCCAGGCGUUUCAUUUUAGGGUGGUUCGAGUAGGUCUGCCUGUGUCUGUGAGUUUAUUUAAGGCGUUAUUUACGUUACAUCGGCCCAAUAAGAUGCCUUUCUUUUGUUUUCAUCCUCGCGUUCCUUACCAAUUCGUGAAGAGUGUGAAGUUAUCUUUGGGGAAAUGGAAGACCUAUUUUUUUUUAUGUGAGGGCUCCCACUUUUGACGUUCCCGUAGUUUGGAAUCCUACGUGCGAGAGUUUCACGAUAACUGCGAAUAUGGCGAAGAGGAUUGAGGAAUCUGGGUUGUGUGAUGUGGCAUUUGAUCCG